CGGAGCCGCGCACUCGUCGCUUUACACAGUAUGGCCGGCGAUAUUAGCUAGCGCUUGCUUUGCUGCGUUCUCUGUAACAGGGAAUCAACGGGAAAUAAGAGACUGUAGCGGAGAAACUCACACUCUUAUCCAUCAUAUACAGGAAACAACACUGAACGUUACCUUUCCUCACACCAAGAAAUAAAAGGAAAAGCUCUACGCUAACACUACUAUUUAAAUUGUGAGCAAGAAUAAAAACACAAGAAGAAGAGGAGAGGAUUAGACGUGAAUCUCUAUUUUUCCGUUUCUCGUUAUUAUUUUUUUCUGCGUUGUCGGUGGGUUUCCGGCUGCCGUGAGGCGGUGAAGAAGAAGAAGGCGGAGGGAGGAGAGGAGAUGGAGGAGAACGGCGCGCACUUCUUCGAAGGCACCGAGAAGCUGCUGGAGGUUUGGUUCAGCCAGCAGGAUGAGAGCAAGGGAACCGGAGACCUUCGAGACAUCCCAAGGUUUGAGUGGGACAAACUUUUGGAGAAUGUUCAUUGUCUGAUCAUAAGUGUGACAAAAAAUGACAAGCAGGAAGCUUAUGUACUCAGUGAGAGUAGCAUGUUUGUCUCCAAGAGACGUUUCAUUUUGAAGACAUGUGGUACCACCCUCUUACUGCAAGCACUGGUUCCCCUGUUAGAGCUCGCCAGGGAGUAUUGCGGGUUUGAUUCCAUUCAGAACUUUUUUUACUCGCGUAAAAAUUUUAUGAAACCAGACCACCAGGAAUACCCGCACAGAAAUUUCCAGGAAGAAGUUGAAUUCCUAAAUGAAAUCUUUCCAAAUGGAGCAGCUUAUUGCAUGGGACGUAUGAAUUCUGAUUGCUGGUACUUGUAUACUCUGGAUGUCCCAGAGGGUUUUGUCAUCAAUCAGCCAGACCAAACACUGGAAAUUUUGAUGAGUGGGCUUGACACAGAAAUAAUGGACCAGUUCUACAUGAAAGAUGGUGUUACUGCAAAUGAUGUCACUCGUAUGAGUGGAAUUCGUGACCUGAUACCAGGUUCUGUCAUUGAUGCUACAAUGUUUAGUCCUUGUGGUUACUCAAUGAAUGGGAUGAAAUCAGAUGGAACUUACUGGACUAUUCACAUCACUCCAGAGCCAGAAUUCUCCUAUGUUAGCUUUGAAACCAAUGUGUCGCGGACAAGCUAUGAUGAUUUGAUUAGUAAAGUUGUGGAUGUGUUCAAGCCAAGGAAAUUUGUGACCACCCUCUUUGUUAAUCAGAGCUCCAAAUGUCGUACUUCAUUCACUUGUGCUCAGAAGAUUGAAGGCUUCAAGCAGCUUGAUCGCCAGUUUGCUCAGUUUAAUGAUUACAAUUUUGUGUUUACCAGUUUUGCUAAGUGCCAGCCACAGCAGAGUUGAUUAGAAAAUAUGAGAAAGCGUAAAAAGAAAACCAAUAAAGCAGGUGGUGGGUGCUUGCUAGCUAAUGUUGCCAGGAUCCAUCUUUUCCAUCACCUAGUAGCUGGAAGCCUUGACUAUUAUCCUACUAGAAGUUUGAAUUGUAACCAUUAUUAUAUUAAGGAGUUAGGUAAUUUGCAUGAAUGCUCUCUCCUGUGUGUAGGUAUUCUAUGCCACUCUUGCUGUGAAAUUGAAGUGCAUGUAGAGAAGUUAAAUGCAUACUGUACUAGACUGUAUCAUAAUUGUAAAAAUGCACAUAGUUCAACAGACAGCAUAGGUUUUCUACAGGUGUCGCCAAAAAUUCCCCACAGACAAGGCUUUCGUCCCCAUUAGUCUGUCCUGUGUCCACAUAACUUGUUUGACUUGUGAUUUAACUGUAGAGUUACAUGUGUGCCGUAUUUUCACUGGGAACAUUUUCUGGCUAUAUGUAAUUCCUUUAUUUUUUUUCACAGAUUACAUUUCUGUUUUUUAAUACGGAUAGAACCUAAAUGAAACUGUAGAGGACAUCACCAUGUUUUUGUAUUUAUCAUGACAAUACAAACGCCCACCUCCUUGAGCACUCUAGUAGUGGUUUAGAUGCAGCCUACAACUAUAUUUUGCGUUACUUUGGCAGCUGACUAUAGGGAAACAUUGAUCAAAAUAGGGCCCCUUCUACACGGAGCGUGCUCCAUUGGAUUCCACCUGCCCUGUGGGGAAUCUGUUCAUUGGUCCCCCGCUUAGUAGGCAUAUGGCGGGUCUGCUCUCAUCUUUUUUUAUGUAAACGGACCACCUGUCCAUUUACACUCAACUGCCAUCUGAUCUGCCAGAUGGAUAGGGAACAGAUCCCCAUCCUUCUGGGUAUUUUUUCAGAUUGGAUGUCAACUGGUGUAAACAGGCACAUGACUGUUUACACUCGCUGGUCUAUAGAGGGAGACUGUAGAGUCCUAAGAGUCCUAUCAGUCCGCUAGUGUGAAAGGGGCUUAAAUGUUAAAAAUACAGGAAGAUGAAGUAUUGUAAGACAAGUGAAUUUGGCACAAUGUGUAUGAAAGCUUUUAUGGUGGCAGCCAUUUCCAUGCUUGGUGUCGCACAGUGUUAAAGUGGAUUUAAACUUUUAGUUAUGACUUUUAUAGAGUUUGGAAGUGUUGGGGGGUGGGGGAUAUCAAUGCCCAUGUUUUUGUUGGUUGCAAUAAGCAGUUUCCACAGCAAUCUAGAUCAUGUAAUCCAAACCCAACAUGUUGGGUUGCGUGAUCUGCAUCAGCUCUACAUUAGGGUACCAACGUCAGCGUCUAUUUUUAUUUCUAAGACUCAGCUGAGGUUUGGUGCACUGCUGCUACAGCUCCAGAUUAUGUGAACUGGAAUGCCAUGAGUUCUGCUUUUCUGCACCCAAGGAAUCUUCUUGGAGAUCCCUAUCCUCCCAAUGCCUGCCUAAUUGAAUAAAAUACUUAACUUCAGAGUUUAUGUAUGCUUUUAAGAUGACUGUUCAUUUAUUGCAGCUUCCAUUGAAGGGUUUUGAUACAGGUGUUUUACUUUGUGUCAUACAUCCUUUUAGGUCAAGUAAUGUGCAAGCAUUUAGAAGAGUAAACUAGUUUUACAAGUGCCCAACUACAAUGCAUUUGCCAGCUAAAAUUAUGGAAUUCUCUGCUAUGAUGUACAGUUUGCACUAAAUAAAAUAUUUAAGAUACUUGUACUUUUCUAAUGUAGAUGCUUUGUUACUGGUGUCAUUCACCCUAGACAAAUACAUGGGUAAAAGGAAAGUCUUUUCUGCAGUUUGACAACCAGUAGCCUGGGGUGGAGCAAGCAGAUCAUGGUAGGCUGGCUAGAAGUAGGCAGAAGCAUGGUAGGCUGGAGAGAAUUGGACAAAAUCAUGGUGGGGCAGACCUACAUUCUGGAGUGCUAAAUCUGCUGACAAGGUAGUGGAUGAUUGGUGCAAGUGCAAAAUUUAAACUGUAGUCUGGUGCUUUUGGCCAAAGUAGUGGAGGGGGGUCUACAUGUAAUCGCUUACUUUCUGAGUUGUUUUAUUGGUCAUAAAGGCUUUAUGCUCUGUGCUGUCAGACCGGUUUUCUUGAACUGCAUCUUGUAAGAGGGUAACAGACUUUAAGGGAGGUGUCCUUGAAAUUCCCCAUAUUACAUUCCUUGUAGAACUCUGCAUGUUUUGGGUGGUUUCAUUUGUAACUUAGCGUGUUCCUCAUAUCCAACUUGGUUAUGGGCAUCUUUUCUCCACCUUCUGUAGGGUUUCUUUCACUGGAUUGUAAAAGGAGUUUUGUUAUUUGGUAAUAUGCACUUGUAAGUCUACACAGUCUGCCCAGAAUUUAUAGUUGUAGCACAUGCCCUGUUGCUGCUUGUAAAACACUAAUCGCCUGUAUACUGAAAUACAUGCACCACAUGUAUGGCGUGUAAGCAGCAAAUUUCGUUCAGAAUGCAGAAAAUAAAAAAACUAAUGCACAGAGGGCCCCCUGUAGGCAAACCUCUACCUAAGCAAAUGACGCACAAAGUUGCAGUGGAAUAGCAUCUGGUGACCGGUCUUGAAUAAAGGUGAAGGCUAUUAACUAGCCUACUGGUGAUACAGCUUUGGGACUUGGCUUUUCUGGUCCUAAAAUGUGUUGCAUAAAUAUCUGGCUAAAUAUCGAGUAAUAUAGGUAUUAGUUACAGGUGACCUGGGAGUUGCAGUCUCAAUGCUCUGAUAAUGUUGGCCUGGAUUGUUCUCUACAAAACUCAGUAACUAUUUCUGAUUGUGCAGUUACAAUAUGCUGUAAGCCAGUCCAGAUAUUGCCUUUUUCUUUUCUCACUCAAAAAGGGAACCAUGUGACAUUGUGCAUGCGACUACUCUUCUGUAUUUAACAGUGCUGUGACCUAAUCUGCACUCCUUUUGUGAAAUGGUAUAGUGAUUACUUUUUUUAUACAUAAUUACCAUCAUGUAAUUCGAGAAGUAACUAGGAAAUCUGGACUGGUAAUAUUUAAAUGAAUAAUUUUAAAGCAUAAUGGAAAUUCUAUAAGGCAAUAAGAAUCAACGUAAGCUUUUCAGAAAGUGGCUGCAUUUUUUUAAAACAAGUGUAUUGCAGGAGUGACAUUUGUUGCUUUUGACCCUACAGCCUAAUAUUUAUAUAUCCAUUCUGGAUAUGAUGAUAUAGCACUAGCUUUGGUAGUGUUGGACACUGUUAAAUGUCUGCAUUUGGAGGUUUCAUUCCAGAUGAUGUUUCCAAGCAGUUUAUUGCUUGAAUAGGGUAUUUGAACAUGUGUUCAUUUUGAGGACCAAUAUUAAAAAUUCCUUAAUGUCUAAAUUAUUGCAAGCCCCCCUGUUACUGUACAUUAGGCACAAGUAAAGUACCUAAGCAUACCAUAUCAAAUGAUACUGCUGACCUAUUUGGGGGUGGAAUAAGAUCAAUCACUGUUUAGGUUCUCUAACUCGGUAGUAUGAGGGGAAAUGUUGGUGUCUUUAUUUCCUCUACAUUGUUUAAUCAUUGGACCUGUAUUGAAAUUCUGUACCACAACCUAAAGCUUCAAUAAAGUGCUUAAUUCAUGAGUCA